AUGUCCAUUCAAAAUUAUGCACUGAGACAGCUUUUGGAUGCUGAAAAAGCGAGAGUGGUUAAUGAAAAAGAAAAACUCGAAUUUCGUUUGAAAACAAUCGAAGAUAAAGUGACGACAAUGGAAAACGAAUAUAAAAAUCAAAAAAAUGAAUUAAUAAAUGCACGUUUGGAAGCAUCAAGUUGGGAAAAACAAUUGGAAAAAGAACGUGAAAAAUUAGCAAAAAUGAAAAAUGAAAAAAAAUAUUUAAUGGACGAAGUUCAGUUAAAUGGAAAUGUCAUGGUGUGGAAAAUUCCAAGUUUUGAUCAAGGUUUACAACUUGAUAACAUACUAGAAGGAAAAAAACCAAAGAAGCCAGCAUUGCCCUGGGACUAUACUGUCGGACGAAAUAACCAAAUUUUUGAAAUUUCGAAACCAGUGAUACGUCAAAAGAAACAACAAGCCGUAAUAAUAGUAGAAAAACCACUCGAGAGUCCAGAACUAAGAGCACUUCUUGCAAAAAUGGAAAAAAAAAUAGUGGUAAAGGAUUUGAAGAUCGAGGAGUUGGAAAGGUUGAUUUCGGAAAAAACUAAAAAUUCAAACAACAGAAUAAAAUCAUUAGAAUUUCAAAUUCCACAUUCAUCGAGAGAUACAAAAAGAUGA